AUGGCCGACCCUUUCGCGCCCCGAUCUAUGAAGCGCAAGAACGUCAAAGGUCUCGCCCUGACGCCUGCUGCCCCGAAGCCCCCGCCGACCGCCGAAACCAGCAGACACGGCUACGAUCCUCGCGAUAAGGACGGAGGUGAACAGUCAGCGCAGCUAGAGAUUGGCAUCGAGUACAAGCUCGACUUGCGGCCAGAGGACCUGGAGAUCCUGAAGGAGCUUGGUUCCGGAAAUGGAGGCACUGUCAGCAAAGUCAGGCAUGUCCUGACCGGGACUGUCAUGGCUCGCAAGGUUAUUCACGUGGAAGCCAAGAAGGAGAUGCGCAAGCGCAUCGUUCGCGAACUCCAGAUUAUGCACGGCUGCUCGUCCGAGUACAUCGUGAAUUUCUACGGCGCAUUCCUGAACCCUCACAACGAUGUCAUCAUGUGCAUGGAGUAUAUGGACGUUGGUGCUUUGGACCGAGUAUCGAAGGUCUUCGGACCAGUCCGAGUCGACGUCCUCGGCAAGAUUGCUGUGGCUACUCUUGGCGGCCUAACCUACCUCUACUCGAAGCAUCACAUCAUGCACCGAGACAUCAAGCCCUCCAACAUUUUGGUGAACUCUAGAGGAAGCAUCAAAUUGUGUGAUUUCGGCGUGUCUGGAGAACUCAUCAACUCCGUUGCGGAUACCUUUGUGGGAACAUCUACCUACAUGGCACCCGAGCGAAUUCAGGGCGAGAAGUACACUGUCAAAUCGGAUGUCUGGAGUUUCGGUUUGAGCAUCAUGGAGCUUGCCAUUGGCAAGUUUCCUUUCAACGCCAGCGAACAGCUUUCUGACGGCGAGUGCGCGCCUGCUGGCAUUUUGGAUCUGUUGCAGCAGAUCGUACACGAACCUGCGCCUAGACUACCAAAGAGCGAUGCUUUCCCCUCCAUUCUGGAAGACAUGAUUCAGAAGUGUUUGUCAAAGAACCCUGACGAACGACCGACGCCUCAAGAGUUAUUUGAUCGCGAUCCUUUCGUCCAAGCUGCCAAGAGGACACCUGUAGACUUGAGAGAGUGGGCUGUCGGUCUGAUGGAGAGAGAUAACCGGAAGUCCCACCUCGCUCCUCAGCUUUCUCCAGCGACUCGCGAUCUGCUCAACUCCAGCGAUUCUCCGACCUACCAGGGUGGGUCUAACAAUGAACGCUCGCUCGACACGCCGACGUCAGGAGAGAUUCCCAUCGCAGGAGCUGGAAUUAUCUCACCUCGCGAACCAGCUGCCCACUCCAACCGUUCCCCCACUAGAAACGGUAUCAACGCCGCAAGCAGUCGUCAGCAGGCCAGUGGCCAUCCGGGCAUGGGACAGAGGAUUGUUACCACCAACUCGAUCCCCAAGGUUGGCGAAUAUCCCAACAGCGCUGGUCCUGUGAGCGCCAAUGCUGCGUCAUUCAGUCUGCCCGUUCGCCCGGCCCCUGGAGGACCCCUGCCUCCUGCCCCUCCUCGGAAGGGAACACCAGACGAGACCAGACGGGAGAACAGAAGGCAAGCCACUUUCGGCAUGCCUCCGGCUCCCAGAAGCUACGCGAGUGAUGUGUACAACGGCACUUCCAAUUAG